GUCAAUUUCCUUACCUUGCGUUCUAGAGCUCGGCUCUAUCACAUCACCACGCAAGCCCUAGAGCUCGGCUCUAGCUAUACAAUACAUAGACUCCAAGUCUACACCUUACAUGCAUUCUAGAGCUCGGCUCUAUCACAUCACCAUGCAUUAAGGUCAAAUUCUCAAGCAACCCUAUGCCUAGAAUUGACAUAUCAUUAAACUACCAUGGGUCAUCCUUAAAGACUUCCCAUAACUUAACCUUAGUUCCAUACUAAGUUAUUAUAUACACUUGAACUAUAUUCAAGUACCUUUCAUACAAUCCAAUCCCUAGGAUCAAUUUAAUCAACAAGUUCCAAUAAUCACUAACUAGUAUUUCAAUACUAUUAAGAUUAUUGUUAUCAUACCACUAUCCUCUUUAUUUGUAAUUCUCUACAUAAUUAUAAUUAUGUAGCAGCAACUUAAGUAUUCAAUCUCAAUACACAAAUAUUCAUUUAUGUAUCCAAAUAAUUCAUACAUGAGCAAAAUACCUAUUUCGCAAAAAUAGUUCAUUUAUACUCAUUUAAUUUAAUCUCAUAUUAAACCCAAGCCAAUAAAUUUUGUUAUUCACAAAAUCAAAUUAUUCAUACAAGAUUGGUCAAGAGCUAAGAUACAGAAGGUUAAAGCGAGCCCAGCAAGGAUGCUUUUUGAGGAAAAUCUCAUUUCUGAUUCUUUUAAUAAGAUUGAACGCAGAUAUCGAGUUGUGAGGUGGAAUUUACCUGUUUCGAGCUUUAAGCUGAAUGUAGAUGCCUCUCUCUUUCAAGGUCAAGCUACAGGUGGGGCGGUGAUGCGUUCCAAGUCUGGGAAUUUCGUUUGGGCGAUUUCCUUUCCCGUUGAAGCAAGGUCGGUUCUUGAAGCUGAGAGGCAUACUCUUUAUACAGCUGUGUCUUGGGCUAUUGGGAAAGGUUUUAGGGAUUUUGAAGUUGAAUCCGAUUCUUUGGAGGUUAUCAGAUCGAUUGAAGAUGGUUUGCAGACUAGGAGAUGGAGAGGCUUGUUCGAACAGAUGAGAAUUUGGAAAGCUGAGCAUCAUAUAUCUUUUGGGCAUAUUUUUAGGGAGCAAAAUUGGCCAGCUCACUACCUAUCCAGAUGCAAUCCUGAUGCCAGCUCACUUCAGGCUUAUUUUUCCAUUAAUGAAUUGCAUAGUACUAUUAAAAAGGCUUUAUGUGCUGAUAAUUAUGGCCUUUUUUAUUUUCGUCAUUAAUUUUCUUACUCAUUGUAUUUUCGUCUUUUCUUGCUCUCAUUUAUUUAAUGUUGUUAAAAUUUUUGAAGGAAGUUUUGGCCUAGUCCCCUUCCUUAUGUACUAUCUACCUAUUUA